UUUGGGGGGGUCCCGGGGGUCCAUGGGGAGCGUCUGGAAGCGGCUGCAGCGCGCGGGGAAGCGCGCGGCCAAGGUGCGCUUCGAGGCCACCCUGGAGGAGCUGCUGCUGGAGGGGGGGGGCGGAUGCCCCGCAGGUGGCAGCCGGGCAUCCAGAACCCGCAGCGGGGGAUGGUGGUGUGGGUGGUGCCCGAGACCCUCGAGGUGGUCGUGACGCUUUACCGGGACCCCCAGGCCGCCACCUUCGAUGACAAAUCCUGGAACUUCCUCGUGGUGAACGAGUCGCGCGGGCGGCGCUCGGUGGUGGCGGCGGCGCCGCUGGAGCUGGCGCGCCUGGCGGGGACAGGGGACACUCCGGUGUCGCUGUCCCUGCGCCCCAGGACCCGCAGGGUGGCGGCGGCCACGCUGCGGCUGCGGCUGCGCGGGCUGGUCCUGCUGGAGGACACCCCACGACAGGACGCGGACAUGCAGAGUGUCACCAGCCUGAGCCCCCCCGGGGACGUGGCCGACCUGGGGGACUUCGAGAGUGACCCCGAGGACGAGGGGGGGGGCUCACAGGGCGGGGGGCGCCCCCCCUGCGCCCCGAGGGGGGACCCCCCCACUUUGGGGACACGGAGGGACCCCCCGGAGCCCCCCCCCAAAAUCACCGCGGGCCCCCCCGGGGGUCGCGGGGCGCUCCUGGCCUGGUGCCAGGGGGUCACGGCCGGGUACCGGGGGGUCGCCGUCACCGAUUUCGGGGGGUCCUGGAGCAGCGGGUUGGGGUUCUGCGCCCUCCUGCACCGGCUGAGACCCCAGGAAAUCGACUUCGCCGCUCUGGACCCCCGGGACCCCCGGGGCAACAACAAACGCGCUUUCGAUGCCUUCGCGGCCUUGGGGGUCCCGCGGCUCCUGGACCCCUCGGACAUGGAGACCCUCCGACAGCCUCGGGGUCAUGACCUUCCUCAGCCAGGUCCGCGCGCUGCUGGGGACCCCCCCGGGGACCCCCCCGGAGACCCCCCGGGACCCCCGGAGUGGCCCGGCCGAGGGGGGACCCCCAGAGACCACCACGGACCCCCGGAGCAGCCCCAUCGAGGGGGGGACACCCCCGGAAUCACGGACCUUUGGGGAGGGGGCGGCUGUGCCCCGCCCCCCCCCGGCCCGGCCCACGCCCCCCCCCCCGCUCCAGGAGCCUCCCCCACCUGCGGGACCCCGACCUGCGGCGCCCCGCGGGGGGGCCGGGACCCCCCCCCGAAGGGUGACAUCGGGACCCCCCCCGGCCCCUCCCCCCUCCGAGACCCCAAAGGAGCCCCCGGACCCCCCGAGGAGGAGAGCGGGGGACAGUGGGUGGCGGCCGAGCUGGUGGCCCUGGAGCAGGACCAGGCCCGGUUGGACGCGCAGGCCCCGGAGCUGGAGCGGGAACUGCGGGACCUGAUGGAGAGCGGCGCGGACCCCGCCCGCGAGGAGCGGCUGCUCCGGGACUGGUUCGCGCUGGUGCAGCAGCGGAAUCUGCUGGUGCGGCGGCAGGACCAGCUGCAGCUGCUGGCGCAGGAGCGGGACCUGGAGCGGCGCUUUGAGCUGCUGAGCCGGGAACUGCGGGGGCUGCUGGGGACAGAGGAGUGGCAGAAGCCCCCGGACCAGCGCCAGCGCGAGCAGCUCUUACUGGAGGAACUGGUGGCACUGGUGAACCGGCGGGACCGGCUGGUGCGGGACCGGCACCGCCGCGAGACCAGGGCGCAGGAGGAGGAUGAGGAGCUGGAGCGGAGCCUCGACCCCCGGCACCGCCGCUUCGGCCGCAGGGAAACGUGCGGGAUCUGCUGAGGGACCCCCGGGACCCUCCCCGGGACCCCCAAAACCCUCGGGACACCCCCCAAAACCCCCG